GUCACUACUGCCGGCCACCACCAUCCCCCUCUUUCCCUGCCACCUCCUCCCCUUCCCCUGCCGCCACUUUUUCCCUGAAUUUUUGUAAUGAAUCUAAUUUAAUAUUUUUAUGCCCUUCAGCUGGUUCCUUGGUGAAUACUAUCAUCAAUCAACCCACACGCUAUGGAAUAAACCAGUAAAGCAGUAAAAGGCUAACAAGCCGUAGGACCACUCUAAGUCCCCAAGGCUCAUUGAGUUUCAAGAAUCAAAUAUUUUCUGGACUUUGCAGUGACUCAGUAAGAGCGAUGGCGAUGCAUCUUCGGCGGAAUUUAGGCAAAUAUUUUACCCCCGUUGGCCCUUUCUCAGCGGGUUUUGCGGGGUCUUCAACCGCGAGGAGCGGUGCAAGUGCAAGAGCAACGGCUUUACUGCCUGCCCGCCGCCAGUUCUCAUCCUGGUCUGCUACACAUCUUAAAAGAGAAUUUCACGAGCUUAUGGCUGAAUUCAAGGAAUUAUCAUUCAGUGACUGUUUACAGCUGACUAUAGGGACUUGUGUUUUCGCUUGUGCGGUUCAAAGAACUCUGUGUGAUAUCAAGGAGUUUACAAAGUCAGCUUGCUCGAGGACUGGCAUUGCAAACUUGAAGUUCAGCGACAAGAGGGAUGGCGGCGGCACCGAUUGUGGCGGUGGCAGGGAUGGUGUUUGAACUCGUUAAAAAUGACAACUAGAUUUUGGCCUUAAAUGUGAUCUUUUUCAUCUGAAAUAUAUGUUGUUUGAACGAGUACAAUUGAAAUAUUUUGCAAACCAUAGUUUGAACUUUAACCUUUGAUUUAUUCUCUAUAUAGGUAAUAAUCACACAUAUUACUUUCCCAUUGCCAUAAAUGACAUUUGAAAUUACCUUCAUUCUUUAAGUAAUUAAGGCUCUGUUUGGUA